AUGGUGGUGGCGGUUGGCUCUAUUGGGUGGGUGGGGGCGGUCGCUCCAGUCUCACUCUCGCUGGCUCGUCGGUCCCAGUUGACAGAAAACCCCACCACAACGCGGACCUGGUUGAACCCAGCAGGUGCUCCUUCCUUUCCGGCCACAACCCUCGCCUCCGCCCGCCAUGCCGCCGCCGCCGGCGACGCUGCCAGACGAGCUCCUCGAGGAGAUCCUCCUCCGCCUUCCGCCGGACGACCCCGGGUGCCUCUGCCGCGCCUCCUCGUCUGCAAGCCCUGGCGCAGCCGCCUCACCGGCCCUGCCUUCUCCCGCCUCUACCGCGAGUUCCACCGGGCGCCUCCCUUGCUGGGAUUCUUCGAGAACGACGAGACGGUCUUCUGCUGGUUCGCUCCCUUGACCCCCACCUCCCCCUUCCUCCCGGUCCACCCCAGCCAGUCUGAUCUCUUCACGCUCGACGCUCGCCAUGGCCUCGUCCUCUUAACUGCUCUCGGCGCGGACGGCGAACCUCUGUGCCUCAUCGUGUGGGAUCCCAUUUUCCAUCGCCAGUGGCUAUUGCCCUUGCCCGAGUUCGUGGACUAUCCAACCGUCCCGGACUGCGCGGCGGCGGUGCUCUGCGCCGCCGAUGGCUGCGACCACAUCGACUGCCAUGGCAACCCCUUCCGCGUGGUCUACGUGGGCACCGAUGAAGACGGGGUCGCACAAGCUUGCGUCUACUCUUCAGAGGACCGUUCCUGGAGCCCCGUGACAUCUUGCGAGCACACUGACUUGCCCCUGCUCGUCAUUAGCUCUCGGCCCAAUGCCCUUGUGGGAGAUGCAGUCUAUUUCUUGUGCCAUCAGGAAACGUUCAUCCUGCAGUAUGACUUGUUCAACCAGGAACUAUCAAUGAUUUACUGGCCACCCUUGCCAAAGUGUAAGUGCGGCGAAUAUAUCGUUAUGCCCACAGAGGACGGUGUGCUGGGAUGUGCCACCCUGAAGGAGUCCAAGCUCGAAUUAUGGUCGAUGGAGGCUGGCACAGACGGAGCUGUAAAAUGGGCAAUACGUAGAGUCGUAGAGCUUGAGAACUUGCUACCCUCUCCCCCUAGAUAUGCGAUCAGCUGCGCCAAUGGAGUUGAUGUCUUUUUCGUGCGGACAGAUCUUGGCACCUUCACAGUUGAGCUUAAUUCAGGCCGAGUUAAGAAGGUAUCCAACAGCACUAACAUCAUUCCCUACAUGAGUUUCUACACUCCUGAUCAAGCUGGGGGUAUAAAGCCUCCAUCAGCCAUAGCUUCCUCCUCAGAGAGCAUUGAGAAGGCCCGAGACGAGCACCAUGAUCUGCUGCGGCCACACUCAAGUGGGAAUCUGGGCUUUGAGAAGGAGAAAUGGGUAGAGAAGAGCAAGGAGGAUUGUGAAUGUGAGGAGGACGGAUGGGAGGAGGAGGCCGAGGAAGAGGAUUGGGAAUGGAAUGGGGAUAAAGCUCAGGAGCUGUUUGACGAGGGGUCCAAGGCCAUCGAGGAAGGGCAAUUGGUCCAUGCCGAGGACUGUUUCUACACUGCCCUUAGGAGCAGGGUGUUAUAUUAUGGGAGACUUUCUCCAAUGUGUGUUAGCACGUAUUACAAAUAUGGAUAUGUUUUGCUGUACAAAGCUCGAGCUGAGAUUGCACCAUAUCAAGACUGGCGGAAGAGUAGAACCAGCAGAGAUGAUACUGGAAGCUCAAAGGCAUCUGGUAGUAAUGCAAGGGAAGAUGAUACUGAAAAAGAUUUGGAUCUGGCCUGGAAAAUGUUGCAUAUUGCGAAGGCAAUACUUGAAAAGAGUCCUUGCGAUCCUGUUGUGGAAGUCCUUACAUAUUGUUCUCUUGCUGAAGUUUCUAUGGAAAGAGAAGACAUACACUACUCACUCAGUGCUUGGUUCAAAGCUUUAGCCAUCUUGGAGCAUUUGGUUGAGCCUGACCAUUGUCGGAUUAUCUUAAUAAACUUCCACAUAUUUCUGGCUUUCAAGUCUGCAUCCAAGAUUGGAGAUGCGAUUCCAUAUGCUGCAAAGGUUAUUUCAUUCAUCAAGUCACGUAUGCAGAAGCUGAAUAAGGCCUACGAUGCUUUCUUGGCUGUUGAAGGUGAUAAUAUACCUGGUGCUGAAGUUAGCUCAGAAAAAUCCUCGCUGGACAAUGACAAAGAAUUCCUUGCUACCUUACUCAAUGAAGUAGAGGAGCAAGUAAAUAAUUUGAAGACCUAGCACAAGCAUUAACCCCAAUCUCGAAGGCAAGUGGUGCGCGUAAAGUUGUCUAUGCUACACCAAGAGCUGGAGCAAGUAAUUCUAUGUCUACAACAGAAACAAUCGAGACUUCGAGUAGUACUGGAAUCGACCUUGAGACUGCAGGCCAAGUCAUCAAACAAGCUAAUGCCAGCUGAUCUUUGCUGUACCUUGUCCCAUGAAACUUGCAGAGGAUUCUUCACCUGUAAAAGGUGAUAGCAGCAACAAAUCAGAUGUUCAUCCUGCAGCACUGGAGGACGAUACCUCUAUCAGAGUAGAUACAUCUUCGUUAGCUUUACUACUUGUUAGUAACUUGUGCCUGUAAACUUUUAGCUUAUUAUAUGGUCCCAUUUUUUUCAGGGUCUAUAUGGUCCCAUUUAGUUGAUCUAUACUGCCAUGUGACCUUUUUGUCGGAGCUGUUCUGCCUAAUGCAGAAGAAUCUCUUCAUUAUGAACUGGUUUUGGCUCUUGUUUAACCAAGUCAAAUGCAAUUUAAGUGUGCAGAUGCAUUGAAUCCAA